CGUAUACAAGCCCUUCACAAACCAAACCGUGAACUUCUCGAGUGAGGUUUGAAUGGCGACCAAACCAAUCUCCGCUCCACCUACGACUCCAACAACCAACAUCAACUGAUUGAUUAUUCACUGACAGUGACACACACCUAAAUCUGCCACCCAUUAAUAUGCUCCACCUCCACCUGUAUUUGCGAUCCACCGCGCCAUUUAAUCACCUCAACCAUCAACUUUUGAGGUCACUCUUCUUCUCCUCCUCCUACCCACCUUCUCUUAGACGCACCCACCCCUUGCUCUGCUGGUCACACUCCCCGCAUUUCUCCUCAUUGCAAUCUGGUUCAUAUAUGGAGGAGUCAAGGGUAGCUAAUCAAGGGUCUGAUACUCAUGAUAAUAUUGCUAUUCGAUCUGAUCACAAGAGUUACAGUUACAACCAACUAAUCUCAUCUGCAUCUAGGAUAUCCAGAUUGUUAUCUGCCGGUGAAUUUAUUGCUACUUCUGCAGCAUUGAUUGAUGGUGGGAAAGGACAAGGGCAUCUUGGAGGGGCUAGAAUAGGAAUUGUGGCUAAGCCCUCAGCUGAGUUUGUUGCUGGUAUACUUGGGACAUGGCUUUGUGGAGGUGUUGCAGUUCCACUUGCUCUCGGCUAUCCUGAAGCUGAGCUCUUGCAUGUCAUAAAUGACUCAGACGUCUCAAUGAUACUGAGUACUGAAGAUCAUAUGCAACUCAUGGAAAAUGUUGCUGCUAAAUGUGCUGCCCAAACCUCUCUUAUUCCACCAGUUCCCAGUAGUUCUUCACCAGAAAGUGCAGCUGGUAGUUUAGGAAUAGAUGCAGAUGCAAUUUUUCACCGGAAUAUAAAACAAACAAGUGAGGAUCCUGCAUUAGUCAUAUACACUAGUGGCACAACGGGAAAACCGAAAGGAGUUGUUCACACACACAAAAGCAUCAGUGCACAAGUCCAAACCUUAGCAGAAGCUUGGGGGUAUACAUCUGCUGAUCAGUUUUUGAAUUGUUUACCUCUACAUCAUGUACAUGGGCUUUUCAAUGCUGUACUUGCUCCCCUCUAUGCAGGUUCCACGGUUGAGUUUAUGCCAAAAUUUAGCGUAAGGGGUAUUUGGCAGAGGUGGCGGGAAGCAUAUCCAAUUAGUGGAUCUAAUGCAGAUGAUGGCAUAACGGUCUUUACUGGAGUUCCAACCAUGUAUGCUCGAUUGAUACAAGCUCACGACGCAAUGGAUCGAGAGCUAAAAGUUGCCUCUGCCUAUGCUGCAAAACAGUUGCGUCUAAUGAUGUGUGGUUCCUCUGCACUCCCUCUUCCUGUAAUGCAAAAAUGGGAAACCAUUACAGGACAUCGUCUUUUGGAACGUUAUGGCAUGACAGAGUUUGUCAUGGCAAUAUCAAACCCCUUAAGAGGUGAGCGGAAAGCAGGCACGGUAGGAAAACCAUUUCCGGCUGUGGAGGUAAAGAUUGUUGCUGAAGAUGAAAGUGGAAGUGAUACUACAGGUGUUGGUGAGCUGUGUGUCAAAAGUCCUUCAUUAUUCAAGGAAUAUUGGAAGCUUCCUGAGGUAACAAAGCAAUCAUUUACAAGUGAUGGAUACUUCAGAACUGGAGAUGCUGGUACAGUGGAUGAAGAUGGGUACUACAUCAUAUUAGGACGUACCAGUGCUGAUAUCAUGAAGGUCGGUGGAUACAAGUUAUCUGCGUUAGAAAUUGAAUCAGUUCUUUUAGAGCACCCAGCUGUGGAGGAGUGUUGUGUGUUGGGCUUACCGGACAAAGACUAUGGAGAAGUUGUUUGUGCAAUAAUUGUGCCAGAGGUGGAAACAAAGAGAAAGCAAAAGGAAGAACUGAAACCUGCUAUAAGCUUGGAGGAACUAUCCUUCUGGGCAAAAGACAAACUUGCGCCAUACAAGAUACCAAGUCGACUGAUUCUGUGGGAUUCACUACCUCGGAAUGCUAUGGGAAAGGUGAACAAGAAAGAGUUGAAAAAAACUCUGGCUUCUGACCAAUAGACUUGAUACGAAACUCCGAAAAGGAAAUUAAGAAGAUGUGGCACACAACAUGAAGUUUUGAAAUUAGAGGUUUGAGUUCAGCCUAGGAAGCAUCCUUGUCGCGCGGUUAGGGGAUGGGACUCGUUUGAAUGCAAAUCCGAAUAUCUGUUUGUUCAUUUUCUUUCUGGUAUAUGUUUCUGAAUAAAGAACAAAGAGUAGACAUGUAUGAGUGAUUCAGUAAAAUGUAAUUAAAGACGGAUUUUGAAUAUAUAUGGCUGAGUUAUGAAUUUA